AUAACAACAUUCAAACUUCAGUUCAUGGAAUAGAUCCGUUAUGCAUAUGUGCUUGCGCCUACUGCCACUAUUAUUAAUUUUUUUUUAAUCUAGUUACCAUAAGUAUUGUUAUCUAGUUUAUAUUUAUGUAAUAGAAUAUAUACCAGUCAGUACUGAUACCAAAAUACACAACAUGGCCUCAGCAACAACUGUCUCCUUGUUCUUCUUCCUCUGCAUUGCUGCCGUCUCCGCCACAGACCACAUUGUAGGCGCUAAUCGCGGAUGGAACCCUGGAAUUAACUACACUCUCUGGGCCAACAACCACACAUUCCUUGUCGGCGAUUUCAUCUCAUUUAGGUACCAGAAAAACCAGUACAAUGUGUUCGAGGUGAACCAGACAGGGUAUGAUAAUUGCACGAUAGAAGGAGCAACUGGGAACUGGAGCAGCGGCAAAGACUUCAUUCUCCUUACGAAGGCUAAGCGUUACUUCUUCAUUUGUGGAACUGGUGGUUGUUUUAAUGGAAUGAAAGUUAGUGUUGUGGUGCAUCCUCUACCAUCACCAGCCAAAAACUCUACCACCAAAAGCUCCUCUGAAGCCUCUGCCGCAUCUCCGCCAUUAAUGGGUGGUGGAUCUUUGACAUUGUUGCUGCUAGUCACAUGGAUCUGGGUCGGGUUUGAAUCUGGAAGGUCCAUUAUCAGUAAUUGAGUUUGGACAAAACUUGAUAAUUUGUUAUCAUUGGUAGUUGGUUAUCAUUGUUUUCCAGGGUGUGAUACAACUGUCACAACUCACAAGUACUGUCUGUGUGCUCAUUAAUUUGGAAUCAUGUGUAUUUUGUAAACUAUCAUGAGUUAAUUUUAAAUUACUAUAUUGUUUUUAAAA